AUGGAAUCUUGUUAUUCGAGGGAUUGGAAUCUAGAUAGAGCAUGGCAGAAGUUGUUUGAGUUGGAUGACCUAAUCUCACUAAUCAGAUCCAACCAACUGGCUGGCAGAAAUUGGCUGGAUGAAGGAGCAGAGGUAGCACAAGUCACAUCUUUUAAAGGGUGUAUUGACGACAUAAAGGUUUCAGGUACUAUGCUAAGUUGCUUUCUACGAAGUGAAAUUUCCAACGCGAAUUGCAAUUUAGGAAAUUUGACUCGGCCACAAACCUUUUGGAAAUUUAAGAGAAGCCUGUGGACAUUUAGGAGGUUUGCAGGCCUUCAAAAGUUUGUAGUCUAG